AGCAACAUAUUAUAAAAAUAUAAUUAGUACACGUAGAUAUAUAUGAAAGUUAACAAUGAAUACUUUAGUGAUAGGAUUAAGCUUUUCGCUGAUAUGUUAUUUAAGCGGACAUGAAGAAAAAAAACCCCAUUGGAGCAAAGAAACUAUGGAUUUAGAAGCAUUGCCGUUAAAAAAAUUGUUAGAAAUGAAAAAAGAACUUCGGAUAAAAGAUGAACGUUCAGUACGACGGACGGACGAUGAGGUGGCAGCGGUUACAGCGGAAGAAGACGCACCAAACGCCAUGGCCUUGCGCAGGACCACGGACGUUCUGCGCUCGUCGGCGGCCGGUGGUUCGAUGCAAACGGCCUUUCAGAUGUCCCUUACCGUCCUGUCGUUUCUAGCGUUCGGCGGCUACCUGAUCAGUCUGGUCGCACAGAACAUGCGCAAACCGUCGCCAUCGCUGGACGGCGCCACGGCGCCGCAUCCGCUCAAGGCCGUGGUGGUCAACCGGAACAAACGGCCGGGCCUGUUGCUCAGACCGUCCGGCCCCACGACCACGGUCAGCUUUGGCCGGCGCAAGCGGAGCCGGAGGUUCCCGCGAACCACUGUGGUCUGUUCUGAGUAGCGUUUUUUUUAUAUUGAAUAUUUAAAAAAAAAAAUAACGACUGACUUAAGUUUAUUAUUAUUAUUAUUAUAUACCUACUAUAUUAUUAUAAUAUUAUAAAUUAUAUAAUAUAAUUAUAACUAUACUACCUAUCCAUAUUAUAUUAUUUAAAUCCUAAUGAAUUGUACGAAAUGCCUAUCUCGUAACGGACUCUAAAACAUAUAUAUAGUUAUUUUUAGAUUCUGAUCACGAUUUGGGGCAGUAAAACUGCUUCGAUUUUCUUCAACAGUAUCUUGUUCGAUGGAAAGUGAAUGAAGUUGGUGCUUUCGGGAGGUCAAAUUUUAAAAUUCCCAAUAGUUUUAAAAGCGCCGGGAAAAACAAUUUUUACGCAAAAUUGGUUUUCCACAAAAUCAAUAUUAGUUUUUGAUUUUCACUAGAUUUCUCAUGUAAUGAUUUACUCAUCUUGUUGUAAUUC